AUGGGAGGAAAUUGUUCUAAUUGUAAUUAAUGUCAAAAGGAUAGAUUAGAGAUAAUUAAUGAAAUUGAAGUGACAAAAAAGUCAGAUAGUUAAAGAAGAGUAUUAUCUUCAGUUUCAUAACAAUCAUAAAAUAGUUAAUUAGAUGUUGUAAUGAAUAGUAUUAUCUAUAGAAUGAUUUGAAAUAGAUUAAAUGUGCACCAACUGAAUAGAAGAAUACAAAGUUUUCAGUGUUUGCAGAAGAUCAAGAAAAAGAUAAAAAGGAUGAUAAGAAUUUGAAUCAAAAGGCCGUUGUAAUAUAAAAAAUUUGGAAGGGACACAAAGCUAGAUAGAGUUAUUAAGAAUUGAAGAAAUCCUUAUCAGAAAAGAAUUAAAAAGAUGAGGGUAAGAAUUAAGAAUAACAGUGUGAUUAAGUAACAAUAGCUAGUAAAGAUAAAAAAAAGAAUGUUCAAUAUUUCAAUUGUUAAGAGUUUGGAGGUAAUAUAGAUAAUAUUAAUGUAUAGUAAGUAACUCAAACAAUUAAAAAACACGUGAAAAGCGUCCUUUAUUUGUAUUUAAGAGUGGAGCUACAUAUGAAGGUGAAUGGAUAGGGAAUAAAAGAGAUGGAAAAGGAGUAUAAAUAUGGCCAGAUAGUGCUAGAUAUGAUGGUGAAUGGGUAGAUAAUAAGGCAUGUGGGAAAGGAUCAUUUUAUCAUGUGGAUGGAGAUGCUUAUAUUGGAGAAUGGGAUGAUGAUAGAGCAAAUGGAUAUGGAAUUUAUAAAUAAAAUAAUGGAGCUGUUUAUGAAGGGUAUUGGAAGAAUGAUUUAUAACAUGGAAAGGGUGAAGAGAAAUGUAAUUGAUUAAUAUAUAUUUUAGGGAUUGAUUAAUCAAGUUAUUAAGGAGAUUAUUUUGAAGGGAAAAAAUAAGGAAAAGGCAAGUAUAUUUGGCCAGAUGGUAGUUAUUAUGAAGGAGAUUGGAUUGAUAAUAGAAUCAAUGGUUAUGUAUUUAUAUUAAUUGAUAUUUACUAAGGGAGAGUACUAUUGGGCAGAUGGAAGAAUAUUUAAAGGAUAAUGGAAGGAUAAUAAAAUGCAUGGAAUAGGAUAUUAUCAAUGGGCAGAUGGUAGAUCUUAUUAAGGUUAAUAUGUGGAUGACAAAAAGUAAGGUAAUGGCAAAUAUACAUGGCCAGAUGGUAGAUAUUAUGAUGGUGAUUGGUAAGAUGGAAAAUAACAUGGAAGAGGUAAAUAUGUAUUACCUGAUGGAAAGAUGAAAAAUGGAAUUUGGGAUUAAGGUAGAAGAGUAAAUUGGUUGGAAGAAUGA